GGCUCUGAGUCAGCAUCCAACGGUAAACGAUGAGCUGCCCAAUCGUAUCAUUUCUGGCUUGGUGAAGGUGAAAGGGAAUGUGAAGCAGUUCACAGAGACAGCCGCCAUAUUUGAGGAUGGCUCCAGGGAAGAUGACAUUGAUGUGGUCAUCUUUGCCACAGGCUACAGCUUUGCCUUUCCUUUCCUUGAGGACUCUGUCAAAGUCGUCAAAAACAAGGUGUCCUUGUACAAAAAGGUCUUUCCACCUAAUCUGGAAAAACCAACUCUUGCGAUUAUUGGUUUAAUUCAGCCUUUGGGAGCCAUUAUGCCUAUUUCAGAGCUCCAAGGCCGCUGGGCCACUCAAGUGUUCAAAGGGCUUAAGAAAUUGCCCUCACAAAGUGAAAUGAUGGCAGAUAUAAAUAAGGCUCAAGAGAAAAUGGCAAAAAGGUAUGUGGACAGCCAGCGUCAUACCAUCCAGGGAGACUAUAUAGACACCAUGGAAGAACUUGCAAAUUUGGUGGGUGUCAGGCCUAAUCUCCUGCUUCUGGCCUUCACUGACCCCAAGCUGGCAUUACAGUUACUUCUGGGACCCUGUACUCCAGUCCAUUAUCGCCUGCAGGGCCCUGGAAAGUGGGCUGGAGCCCGAAAAACUAUUCUCACCACAGAAGAUCGUAUACGAAAGCCUCUGAUGACAAGUGUGGUGAAAAGGAACAGUUCUGGGCCAUCGCUGGUGAUAGUGCGUGUCCUCAUGCUAGCUGUCACUUUAUUUGCUGUCAUCCUGGCUUAUUUUUAGAUGUGGCAUUGCAAUGCUCCAGGUUCCACUGGAAAGCCCCACCUAGUGCCACCUUCAGAACCUCACAAGACUGAAUACUCAGCUUUAGACUGCACGGGAAUCAAUCACAAUCUAUGUCUCCUCCCACCCCCUUUCUCCCUCCCUCAAUCACUAAUCUUUCUUGUUUUUCCUUCUGUGAUAUCAGGUUUUCAUUAAUCAAUUUAUCUCCUUCUUGAUAAUUUAUUUCCGUCUUGAGCCUGUCAUCUCUCCUUCUGUUAAUUCCCAGACCGUGAGCUCAGAUCCCCUUGGUCAUCUUUGUAGGUCAUGAGCAGAGUUCUCUUAAUGCUUGACUGUGUUGUGUUUCUAGUAUUGCACAGCUAGACCUCAUUGGAUGGUAAUCCAUCUUGAGUAUUAUCAAGUGCAUACUGGCUAGGACUUGACCUUGUAAGCAGAGCCCACAUGUCUAUUUCAGGAAUUCCCACAGAGGGCAAUCCAGAAAGAACCAUUUAGUGCUGAGGGCUGGAAGUCCAAGAUCAAGGGUGCAGACGAUGAGGAACUCCUGGCUUCAAGAUUAAUACAGUGAGGGUAUGACAUUGGAAAAACAGAAAAUACAUUGUUAGCUAAGUUCCGACAUGGGGUUCAUGCUGAAUAAGUGCUCGUUGAUGUUUAUGAAAUAAGGUGGCAUCUCUAAGUCAAUCUAAUAAAUGGCUGACUCCACAGAACUCCUAAUGUGACCCAUUAUCAAUUUUAAUAACAUUAAUUGUAUAAAUUAACUAUUAAGUUUAGUAACUGAAUCCACCCAUCUUCAGGUGGUUGCUGAGGAUUUGAUCUCAGGACCACUUGCCUUCACACCAAGUGCUCUCACUGACCAAGCCAUCUCCCUACCUCUUGCUUCUAUUUUCUUAAAAAAGAAACUACCAGACUGAACAUAGUGGCACAUGCCUGUCAUUCCAGACCUGGCAAGGGGUCACCACAAGUUCAAGACCAGCUUAGUCUAUAUAGUGAGUUCCAGGCCAACCAGGUUUGCAUAUAGCAAGAACUUGGCUCAAGCCACAACAAAAACUACAAAAUGAGAAAAGAAAUUGCUCUUCUAAGUUAAAAGUCUUUUAAAUGAUUUGCCAUCUUCCAAUAGGUUGGUUAAAGAAUUUGAGGCUUUUAGUUAGUUGUCCCAGCCAGAUCUUGCAGGGCUAGUAUUAGGAUCCAGCUGUGGAAGUAAGUGCCAGCGGUUGAGCUGGGUUCAGCAAAUGUGAUUAUCCCUGCCCAGCUCCUUCCUUCCUUCAGAGUCUACAUGAUAAGAAUCAACGAGCUCUUCCACGUCUUAAGUUAGAACUAAUAUUAACUAAUAGUAAUAUUAACUACAAGCAUUCUGCCUAGACCUGUGUGCUACAGUAUAGUUCAGAAAGGCAGAGCGGAUCUGAACUGCAGGAUUUAAGAAGCAUUAGCUGUCAGAAGUGCUUGAGCUCCCUGAGGAUAGGUACUGGAUGUGCCAGGCAGUGUAUCUUCAGAAAAACACUGCUGUGUAGUGUGUCUGUAAAUGGACUGCUGCCAGUCAUUAAAGUGGGGGAUAGUUUGACCCACUGCAGGAAUAGCAUUGGAAUAUCACAAACGCUUGCGAGCAGAUAUGUGAGACUUCAAACUCGUCCCUAAUUACAUACGGAUUUGGACAGCUGCCUAAUAUUUCACCCAGCAUACUCUCUGAAAACUUGAGCACUGAGCCCUGGUCUGGUUUCUGGAACCCUUUUCCUUCCCCUAAUCCUUUAGAAACUGAAUGUUAGUCAUUAUUAAAAAUGGGUCUGGGAUUUUUCUUUUUAAUCUGAAGAUUGCUUUUGUUCAAAAAUAAACUGAAGCCCUGAAUCUUAA